AUGGCAUGGGUAAUUUUGCGCGAAGGAAGUCACGAAAAAUGGAAAGGGAAGGAAGCAGAGUUUGAAGCAGAGCUCAUAGCAUUUGCAAAGACGAAGCUACCUGGUUUUGCAUGUCCCGAGGCACUCUCAGACUCUCUUCAGGACAGGAAAGAUUCAGAAACACGUCUUACGCCAAAGGGUAGCCAAGCUUUAGAGUUGAAACGAUGA